AUGCCACUCAAGCUCUCCACGCUUCUCACCUCUCUCUUCUACCUUCUCCCGCUCUACCUCUUUGUCCUCGCCCCAUUCCUCCGCCAAGUCUUCCCUCCUACCGACCCAUCCUCCUCCCCCCAUGACGCAGACCAAGACCUCGACCAAGACACCACCCAAGAUCCCGCUCUCAACCUCCUCGACGACACCUUCAUCAGCAUCGACGAUGGCAUCACCCCAACCUGCCCGGCCCCAUCAUACCGCACCCACGUCCUCUCCCACUCCCCGCUAGUAAUCUACAUCGAGAACUUCCUCACCGCAGACGAAGCAACCCACCUCGUCAACACCAGCCUCCCAAACUACACCCCUAGCAUCAUCUACACCGGCUCCACCCCACGCAUCGACCCCUCCACCCGCCUCUCCGACCGCGCCCUUCUCCCCCGCGACACUCCCGUCCGCUGCCUCGAGGCGCGCGCCCGCGCCUUCCAGGGCUGGCGCCCCCACCUCUACAUCGAGCGCAUGUGGGCCCAGCGCUACAACGCCUCCGGCCACUACCGCCACCACUACGACUGGGCCGGCUCCAUGCAGCAUGGCGGCGACCGCGCCAGCACCUUCAUGGUCUACCUGGCAGCGGAGUGUGAGGGCGGGGGCACGAAUUUCCCGCGGCUGCGCAUGCCGCGCGCGCGGGAGUGGUGCCGGUUUCUGGAGUGUGAAAAUGAAGAUGAAGGUGAAGAUGGGAAUGAGGGUGAUGGUGGGAAGGGGAAGAGGAAGGGGAGGGAGGGUGUUACCUUCAAGCCGAUCCAGGGGAAUGCUAUCUUCUGGGAGAAUCUGAGGCCCGAUGGCUCGGGGUACCCGGAGACGUGGCAUGCGGCGUUGCCGGUGACGGCGGGGACCAAGGUGGGCUUGAAUAUCUGGAGUUGGUAUCAGCCGCCUCGGAGGAGGUAG